AUGCCACCAAAAAUCGUCAGCGCGACUUCCGACAGCGAUAGCCAGCUCGACUCUUCCGUCGCCAGUAUUGACAGCGUUCAAGGUUGGCCUCCCAUAAUCAACUUACUUUGCCGUCAUUUCAAUAUACCUGGUAUGCCUUCAAUUUCCGGAUGUUGGCUAGUCGUAAAGGAAGCAGAUCUCUCCAGAACCAGUGGCUUGAAGAAAAUCCAUGCAAACUUCGACACCAUCUACCGUCGACUGGAGAAUGCAUACCACAGGAAUGCUGCAGAUGAGCGAAUCAAGGGUGGAAUUGUCGGGAUAUAUGCGAGGAUGUGUCUGGACUCAAUUCUUCGUGAUAAACUCUUUCAGAAAGGUUUCAUCAACCAACUUCUCCCUCUUGUUGACAUUCCGACGUGCCGAAACCUUGCAUUGCAAUCACUUGAGACGGUCACCCACCACGGGGGUCUGGAGGUCCGCAGGGAACUGGCGAAAACAUGCACCGAGCCCCUUCUCCGGGUUAUGAAGGACUGCCCUGACGAUCAGCGAGCUGUGAGGCUGGCUAUUGUGACUAUCUCACAUUGCCUCAGCUCAUCUUUGACCGAAGAUGCUAUCAAAAGGGACCCACGGUUCGGCCAAUCUCUUCCUCUGCUCGAGGCCGCGAACGCCUUUACUGAAGUUUUGCGAAAACCAUGGCCAAGCUAUAACCUUGUUCUCCACGCGAUCAAUUAUCUUUCGGUCUCGUCAAAGCACUGCAAGCUCCCACCAUCGACAAUCAAUCUCUUGGUCGCUGGUUUGCGGAGCAAAGAUUGGGUUUUUCGAGGGACUUGUCUUGGAGGGCUGGUUCGGUUGCAUGUCGCAGGUGCAGAAGAAGACCAACGCCUCUCAGAUCCCAUGGCUUUGAUGCGUGCCGUGUCCAAGCCAUUACCUCCAAACCUAAACGACAUUCUCCUUGCCUAUAAAUUCGACAAAUGCGAAACGUACAUUAUGUUGAACACGACCAAGGACUUCCAAGCGGCUAUGAUCAAAGUCGCGGAGACCCAUGACUUGUACUGGCUGGGCAAAACACUGGCGGAAAUUGUCCUUAGAACUGAGUUCUCAAUUGCCGACGGCUACUAUGAGACUGAGGAUCCGGCAACCGGUCAGCGAGUAGUCGAAAGUCUUGGUCUGCCUUUCACGCGAUGGGGUGAUGCGUUACCACACUGUGCAAAAGCCAUUCGAGCGAAACGCGACCCAACUGAAGCCGACAUGGCCGAUAUUCUGGACAUGAAGCAUUUGGUUAUGAGACAGCGUGUAUCUGACGCAGUCAAACUGGCCAAUGUUGCACUCAAACGCAACCCAGACUUUGCAUAUGCUUAUUAUAUCAUCACACUUUCUGCUGAUCAUGUUUCUGCUCUAAGGGCCGCGAAACAAGGCAUGAAAUGCACAUCUAUGACGCCAUUCGUGCGGUUCCAGAUGGUGCAACGGGCUGUUGAAGUGGCGGGAGACUAUGGGAUUGGUAUCCUGCAGGACCUCGCAUCAGAAGGAGAUGCCAAGUGGGCUGAAGGAAUCGCAUUUCUAACAAGUGCGUUGGAAGACUCGAAGGUUUACCUGUCGCAGGCACCCCCAGACAACCGACAUCAAAAGAAUGUACUUUAUUGGAACAUUCUAUUGCGCAUUGCCAUUGACGAGCAUAUCAGUGGCGACCUCCAUGAGAUCGAGGGUUCCUUGCGUAAACUCAAGAAUGCAGAUCAAUUCAGCAAGUGGAUGGGUGUACCACCACCGAAGACGCAACUCCGCAAUACGCAGGAAACGGUCGUCCGACUCCUUCCUGCCGCAUUAAAGGAAUGGGGGGACUUUGUGUCGACGGUUAAAGCGGAGAGAGAAGCUGAAACACCGGACGCAGAAAAGAUAGAGCAGGAACUGGCGGCAUGGAUGGAGAAAACAGAUGUCGACGGCGAUAAACCACAUCACCACUGGCACGCCGGCGCUGACGGAAAAUCGCCCUUUUCAGUUCCAUUCUCCCAGAAGCAAGCAGACCUAUAUCGGUGUUCGUGGUGUGGUAACCCGUCAGCGGCUCUUCGCAAGUGUGGAGGCUGCUCCCAGACGAGGUCAAUAUUGCGAAGCGUCAUGUCAGAAGCAGCACUGGAAGAAAGAACACAAACAGAAGUGUGGGGGUGCAAAGAAGAACGCGUAAAAAUGACCACCAUCCAGAUGACACCCCACAUCCCAAUCCACGGAAAUUAUCACGGGUAUUACACAAAGCGACCCUCUGUCCGUGACCCCCGUCUCGAAGUGCUACCACCCUCAUUAUUCACUGGGAAACGCGUCUUGGACGUCGGCUGUAACGAAGGAUGGGUUUCUUGCGAAAUCGGUGCGGCGCCGCAUACGCUGUUUCUUUUUGUGAAUCUGACCCUUCGCUCGAAGCCAGCGCAGUCCCGGGGUGCUUCAAAGGUUGUUGGGGUGGACAUCGACGAUGAGCUAAUUCGCGGUGCGUGGCGAAGAAGAAUGACGGCUUGGUCUAUGCAGGGCCCGACGCGAGUGGAUGAAGGAGAGGAGAGAAACCCCAAACGACGCAAACUUGGCUCAGAGAAAGAAGCUGGCUAUUUUCCCGUCUCGUGCAUGCAUAACCAUGGAGCGCUUCCAAUCCCGACGACGACUGGUCUCGACGAAUUUCCCCGAAAUGUGUCUUUCAGAACCGCCGACUGGGUGAAUGACACGAUUCCAGAAGAUGAGAGAGGUUACGACGUAGUUGUCGCAUUCUCUAUCACCAAAUGGAUACAUCUGAAUGGUGGCGACGCCGGCCUAGAACGGUUCUUUACUCGUGUCGCCGGAGUGUUACAACCAGGCAGUCGAUUCGUCGUUGAACCUCAGCAUUGGGAAACAUAUCGCAAAGCAAAACGAAUGCACAAUCGACUUAAAGAGAAUGCACAAGCUCUGAAACUGCGACCAGACGAUUUCCCCGAAAUGUUGAAGAAGGUUGGGUUCGGAGAACCGGAGCGGUUUGGGAGUGUUGGAGAGGGGGGUUUCAAUCGGCCGAUCGACAUAUAUACGAAACAGUAG